AUGCCCGACGACAGUGACCGCGAUCGCGACCCUGCGCGCCGCCGCCCGCACGGCGAAGAACGAAGAAGACGGAGAGAAUCGCACGGCGAGCAUGACAAGCCCGAGCGUCGGCGACGGAGAGACGAGUCCCGCGGCGAGAACACCGUCUAUGACCACGGCGAUCUACUACCCCAGCCGCCGCGUCGCCCACGGCACCAGAGCGAUACAGAGCAAGAGUCGCCCAGUCCGCGCAAAGCAAGACAAUCGCGCCGCAACUCGACAUCAGGAGGUGGCAGCGGAAGUCGGAGCCGAGGAUCAGGCGCGCCAUUGAGUCUCGAUGCGCUUGCGAAGCUAGAUAAAACCAAUGCCAAGAAAGCUGGUGGGUGGGGGUCCUACGACUACGAUGACGACUAUCUGAGAGAAGUCAGGAAAAAGGAGAAGAAUCUAGAAAAGGAGAGAGUCAAGGAAGAGAGGGCAGAGAAGAAGAAGGAGAAGCGGGAGGAAGAGAAUCAUCGGCGCGCAGGGGAGAGCGAUGCGGCGAUACAGGAUGAAAAGGCUAGGAGGCGGAGAGAGGAGAAGCGGAGAGCGGCUGAGAGCAAGAGGGCCCAUACGGAAGAUGAGCGAGAAGGGAAGUUGAAGGCGGCCAAGGCUAAGAAGAAUCACACCGAGGAUGAGCGAGAAGAGAAACGGAAAACGGCCGCGAUCAAAAGGGCCCACGCUGAAGAUGAGCGAGAAGUGAAACGGAAAGUAGCUGAGAUUAAAAAGACCCACACUGAAGAUGAGCGAGAGAAGAGGCGGAGUGCACAUACAGAUGAUGAGCGGGAAGAGCGCAGACGCAGACACGAGGCAAAAUAUACGCCCUCUGAGGCCGACGAAAGAAGGGAGAGGAAGCGCGAGGAGAAACAGCGCAGAAUGGAGCAGAAGAAGCGGCGCGUCAUCAGCGGACCGUUGGCAGAAGAGGGCGGCAUCGAUGACGAGGAGUAUCAGUACAUGAUGGAGAAGCGAGGCGGGGGUGGGCGCCCGCCUAAAGUAUAUACACAGGAAGAGAUGGCGAGAAAAAAGAAGCGGAAACGCUUCGUCAUUGGGAUCGUCUCUGCUCUAAUCAUUCUGGUCAUCAUCAUCGCCGUCGCAGUAAUAGUGUCAAAGAAGAGCAAAGACAGUAAACCGGAAACUACCGCCGCGGCGAGCGCAUCAGAACCAAAGAACAACAACCUAGACGGUAAAGACCGUAGCAGCGUGCCUAAAGAAGAUCAAGGCGGUAUCCUAGACCCCUGGGUCUGGUUUGACACGCAAGACUUCAACGUCACUUACACCAAAGAAACGGUUGGUGGCCUCCCCAUAAUCGGGCUAAACUCCACCUGGGACGACGACGUACAAGCGAACCCGUCCGUUCCCAAGCUUAGCGACACGUUUGAUUACGGCAAGAUGCCCAUCCGCGGUGUCAAUGUAGGCGGCUGGCUCAAUCUUGAGCCCUUCAUCACACCGUCCUAUUUCGAGAAGUGGGGAAGCAAAGACGGCGUGGUGGAUGAAUGGACUCUCCUCUCGAAACUCGGGCCUACAAAGGCGAAAGAUACGAUGGAGAGACACUACUCCGCUUUCGUGAAUAGGCAGACGUUCGUUGCUAUACGGGCUGCGGGCUUGGACCAUGUUCGAUUCCCGUUCGGAUACUGGAUUGUACAGACCUACGACGGCGACCCCUACAUCCCGCAAAUCGCAUGGCGCUACCUCCUCCGGGGCAUCGAAUACUGCCGACAGAACGGACUGCGUGUGAACCUCGACUUACACGGCGCGCCAGGGAGCCAGAAUGGCUGGAAUCACUCUGGUCGUCAGGGCGUGAUAGGCUGGCUGAACGGCACAGACGGCGACUUGAAUGCACAGCGCACAUUAGACAUCCACCACAAACUGUCCGUCUUCUUCGCACAGGAUCGCUACCAGAAUCUAGUCACCAUGUACGGGCUGGUGAACGAGCCGCGAAACGUGGAGCUAGACACGCACAAAGUGGUUGCAUGGAGCCAAAAAGCCAUCACGCAGAUCCGCGCCGACGGCAUCAAGGGCAUCAUCGUCUUCGGCGACGGCUUCAUGGGCCUCGACAACUGGCAAGGCAAGCUGCAAGGCAACGACAAGCUCCUGCUCGACGUGCACCAAUACGUCAUCUUCAACGUCGACCAACUCUCCCUCAAGCACAGGGACAAACUCAAUUUCGCGUGUGAAGCCUGGACACAGCAGUCGCGCCGCAGCAUGGACAAGAAAACCGGUUUCGGCCCAACCAUGUGCGGCGAAUGGAGCCAGGCAGACACAGACUGCGCGCAGUACAUCAACAACGUCGCCCGCGGCACUCGCUGGGAAGGCACAUUCGACACGGGCAAUCCCUCCUCCUCGGUCCUCAAGCCCCAGUGCCCGGUCCAGGGCAAAUGCUCCUGCGACCCGGCGAAUGCAGAUCCCAGCAGCUACAGCACCGAGUACAAGAAGUGGCUGUACCAGUUUGCUAUUGCGCAGAUGGAUAGCUUUGAAGCCGGCUGGGGCUGGUUCUACUGGACGUGGGAGACGGAAAAGGCGACGCAGUGGAGUUAUAGACGCGGACUCGCUGCUGGCAUAUUGCCUAAGAAGGCGUAUGAUCGCGAUUGGAAGUGUCCUGGGAAGCCGGAUGCCUUGGACGAUUUCGGUGCGUUGCCCGAGUUUUAUCGCAUGUAG